AGUUGACUUCGACAACGCAGCUCUGCUUCUGCAGAGUGCAGAUCUGCAAGUGCCCUGUUAUCAGCCUCAGGAGUUUUCAAUUGAGAAUUAACUAUGGUUGCUGCGGACGAAAAUAAAAGUGAUAAUGUCGGAGAAAAAUCUGCAAGUGCUGAAAACGAGGGAAAAGAGUCUAAAAGGAAGGAUCAUCAAUUAUUCACCAUUGAAGUUUUGAAAAUCAUUAAAGAGGCGCAACAACAGCAUGGUCUACGGCAUGAUGAUUAUCAAAGAUAUCGAGGAUAUUGUUCAAGGCGAGUUCGUCGGAUACGAAAGACUCUUCAUAUGCGUCAGAAUAUCAAACGUACCUCUAAGAAAGUAGAAUUUAGUGCUGCUCUCCUGAAAGAUGAAAGGUACCUUUGCAUUCCUUUAAUGCUUGCUGAAAGAGCAUGGAGUUAUGCUAUGCAACUGCGGCAAGAGGCCAACCAAACCCCCAGAAAAAAGUUUCAUCUCAUAAAUAGGUUACGGAAAGCAACUGUCUAUGCAUUACAGUUGCAAAAAUUGUGUGAAUCAGAAAAGUGCGAUGCCCGCAGCAGGUUAGAGGCACAAGCAUACGUUGCAUGGAUUCAUGGGUCAUUGCAUUUUGAGUUGCAGCUUUGGGAUACAGCGUUAGAAAAUUUGAAGAAAGCACAGACUGUCUACUUAAAAUUAGCUGCAGCUCUAGAUGAAGAAGAUAGUUCCUUAUAUGCAAUGCGAGCUGAAGAACUUAAUCCAAGUCUGAGGUAUUGUGCAUAUAAUAUUGGAGAUGGUGCCAACAUGGAUACCUUACUGGAAACCUCGUCCGAAGGAGUUGACAUCACAAUACCUACACUGACCAAACGGAAAGACAAUGUUGCACCGGAGCAGCAGUCACCUGCAUAUCAAGCACGCCUGAAACUAGAGCAGUCCAUUCGGAAGAACCUUUUCUUGAUCUCAGGAAGCAAAAAAAUUCUCAGUGAAGAAAAAGGACUCAAGGAGACUAAUGUUGAACUGCGCAAAACUCGGCCACAGGACUUAACAAGACUUUAUGAGAUUAUCCUACAGAAUCUUACCGAGUUGCAACAAUUACCUGAUGCAAGUGAAGAUACAAACUAUCAACUUGGACUCGAAGCAAAAAUCAUAGCAUACAAAGCAUUCCGCUGUUAUUAUAUUGCACAAAGCAUGUCUUCAAUGAAACGAUGGGGAGACAUCGCUGCUCUAUAUGAAAGAGCUGCUGAAUAUGCCAAUGAAUCUUUGGCAAACAAGCUCACAGAUGCACAUCUUAAAGAUGAGCUCAAGAACUUGCUCACUGACAUUGAUCGCAAUAAAUUUACUGCCCUUGCCAACAGUAUUCUGGACUCUGAACAGCCCUCAACAACCGAAUCAACUAUCUUGUAUCCAAAAUCCAAUCAAAAGCAGAAGAAGAUUCCUCUGUCAGAACGAUUGAAUGAAUACAAAGAAGAUCCAGAUCUACUUUCUAAACAACCAAAUGUUAUGAAACUUCCUCCAGAAAUGAGACCCGUUCCUUGCAAACCAUUGUUCUUUGAUUUGGCAUAUAAUCUCAUUGAGCUCCCCAAAGUUGACUUGCAGCAAAGUAAGAAAGGCGGUGAAGGAGGAAUUUCUGGUCUCGUCAAAGGUCUCUGGGGAUGGAGUGGAUCCAAGUAAAUCAGUUUUUAUUAUUUUUUAUUUGUAUUUUAAUCCAGUUGUACAUUUUUCAGUUAAGAAUUUUAUACAUGGUUUUGAAAAAAUAAUAAAGAAAAAAAAAACUCUAUGA